AUGACGAGUAAUGGUAUUCAGAAACCUAAGGACUCUUGUUGUUUACGUUUUUAUAGAAAGGUUUUAAAGAAAAAGAGUAAUUUGAUACAAGAUGUAAGUCAAAUUACAUUUGUAAUCCAAAAUUGCCAUAAGAUGAGAUUCUUAUCGAGCUUUCAUCGUUUCGCUUUAUUGGCUAAGAGAUACUUAUGCAAAGAAAAAAAGCUUUUGUUUAGUGAAACAGAGUCGUUAUGGCGCCAAGAUAAAUUUCUUGCUUUUUGGCAUUUCACACAACAACUUAUAAGUCUGCUUAAUAAGGAAUUCAGGUUGAAAAAAACCUUCAGCAAUGUUGAAGUGAAAGUUAAGUUUGUUAGCUAA